AUGAAUUUGGGAAUUCGUAUAGUGCCUGGAAAAAAAGCGUAUGUAGUUGAACGUUUUGAAAAAUAUGUGAAAACAUUGACUCCGGGAAUUCACUUUUUGAUCCCUUUUGUUGAUCGAAAUGCGUAUGCCCAUUCGCUGGAAGAGACUCUUCCAAAACCUAACCAGGCUGCCAUUACUAGAGACAAUGUUAGCAUUUCGAUUGAUGGUGUUCUCUGUAUUAAGACUGUGGAUCCAAAAUUGACGUCAUAUGGAGUUGAGAAUCCAUUGUAUGCGGUAAUUCAACUAGCACAUACAACUAUGCGUAGUGAGCUUGGCAAGAUCUCACUUGAUAAAAGCUUUGAGGAAAGGGACACUUUGAAUGACAAAAUAGUGCUGGCCAUUAAUGAUGUUGCAUGUAAAAGACUCGGGACUGAAAUGUCUUCGUUAUCUUAA